AUUCUUCCAUUAAUUACAAUAGCUAGGGUAAAAGAACACUUCCAUAGAUGAACUUAAUUUGUUCAAAUGGCCACAGAACAAGGUUAUGAGCAAUCAAUUCCCAAGGCUUCAUAUGAAGUGUUUUUGAGUUUCAAAAGUGAAGAUACAGGUAAAAAUUUCACUGAUCACCUCUCCACAGCUUUAAACCAAGCCGGAUUUCGCACGUUCAAAGGUGGUGAUGAUGAAUCCAGAAGUACUGAAGAAGAAGACAGCAGUUCAGAUUUUGCUAAAGCAAUUCAAGAAUCAAAGAUUUCUAUUAUUGUAUUCUCACAAAACUAUGCGUCUUCUAGUUGGUGCCUAGAUCAACUUGUCACAAUUCUUGAACGUAAAAUGAAGUUUGCAUGUACUACAAUAUUGCCUAUAUUCUACCAUGUUGAUCCUUCAAAUCUCAGGAAGCACAAGGGAAGUUUUGGGGAAGCAUUAAACAGACAUGAAGAAAAAUUCAAGUCUGAAUUAAGACAUGGAAAUGAAGAAGAGUGGGAGGACAAGUUAAAGAAAUGGAAAGAUGCACUCAGUCAAGCUGCAGAUUUGGCCGGAAUGGUCCUUGAAAAUCAGCAUGAAUCCCAUUUCAUCAAGAAGAUUAUUAAUGUUAUCAGUACUAGACUAAGUCGGCCAGCCUUGUAUAUUGCUUCUUGCACAAUUGGAAUACAUCGUCGUGCUAGAUCCAUUAAUUCCUGGGUUCAACAUGAAUCUAAUACUGACAUUGGAAUACUCCUGGUUUGUGGUAUUGGUGGAAUUGGAAAGACAACUCUUGCCAAAUUUGUUUACAACUUAAACUUUGGAUAUUUCGAAUGCAGUUGUUUUUUGGCAAAUAUUAGAGAAACUUCAAAACUCCCUAAUGGUGUUAUCACAUUGCAAAAGCAACUACUUUCUACCCUUCUCAAACAUGAAAAAGUAAAUAUAUCAAGUGUUGAUGAAGGAAUUAUUAAGAUAAGGAAUGCUUUAUGUUAUAGAAAAAUACUUCUUAUUCUUGAUGAUGUUGAUGAGCCUGAUUUAGUUGAAGCAAUAUUUGAUAUUAAAGAUUGGUUUGGUUUUGGAAGUAAAAUAAUUGUGACAACUAGACACAAGAAUUUAUUAAGACCUCAAUUAGGUCAUGACGUACAUGAAGUUGAAAUUUUGUACACAACUGAAGCAACUGAGCUAUUUAAUUGGCAUGCAUUUGGGGAAAACAAUGCAAGUGAAGGUUAUUACAAAGAGUAUUCAGAGGAAGUGAUUGAAUGGUGUAGAGGACUUCCAUUAGCUAUUCAAGUUAUCGGUUCUUCGUUGGCUGGAAAAUCGAAGGAUGUGUGGAGAAGUGCAAUAGAAAAGUUGAGAGAUAUUCCCACUAAUAAAAUUGUUGAUAAAUUGAGAUUGAGUUAUGAAUUGUUGGAUGAUGAUCAUGAUCAGAAUUUGUUCCUUCAUCUUUGUUGUUUCUUUGAGGGGAUGAAAAAAGAUUUUGUGGUUAGGAUACUAGAUAAAUGUGACUUUUACACAUUGGUGGGGAUUCAGAAUCUCAUCGAUAGAAGUUUAGUGACAAUCGGAUAUGUAAAUGAGAUAACAAUGCAUCAGUUGGUACGAGAUAUGGGAAGAGACAUUGUUCGUCGAGAAGCACCUGUGGAGCCUGGAAAGCGUAGUAGACUCUGGCACCACACAGAUUCUUACAAUGUCCUAAGAGGAAAAACAGGAACAGAGGCAGUGCAAGGGAUGGUACUUGACAUGCGUAUGAUUAAGAAAGUUAAGUACUCUAGCCCCUUAAUACCAGUGAGACAAAAUGCAAUUGGCUUUUUCACUUGGAGUACAAAAGGCAAUUCUAGUUCAGAAAAUGUUAGAACUGAUGCCUUUGAGAAAAUGCACAAGCUAAGAUUUAUCCAAUUCAACAAAGUUCAAGUGGAUGGAAGUUUCAAGAAUUUCCCUAAGGGAUUGAGAUGGCUGUGUUGGAGUGGAUUCCCAGAGGAGUGUAUACCAAAUGAGUUUCCAAUGGGAAGUGUUGUUUCCAUUGACAUGCAAUACAGCAGCUUGAAACAACUUUGGAAAGGAUUCAAGUUUCUCCCAUUCCUAGAGAUACUGGAUUUAGGCCAUUCCUAUGACCUCAUCACCACACCGGAUUUCUCGGGCCUUUCCAAUCUUGAAAGGUUGAUACUUGAACAUUGUACCAAGUUAAUCCAUGUUCAUGAGACCAUAGGAUGCUUGCAAAAACUCGUGAUUUUGAACCUUAAAGACUGCCAGAAACUAAAGAGCCUUCCUGAUAGCAUAUGUGAGUUAAAAUGUCUUGAGACACUUAAUAUCUCAGGCUGCUCAAAUAUUGAAUAUCUGCCAACAGAACUGGAUAAAUUGACUUCACUAAAGGAGCUUUAUGCUGAUGGGAUCUCUAUGAAUAGGGUGGCAAUAUCUACUGAAUUGGGGUCCCAAACUUGGUAUUCAUCUUUAUAUUCUUGGGCCUUGAAAGGAAGGGUAAUAUCCCCUAGUAAAAUUCAAGAAAUCCAUUUUCCUAGGUCCUUGCAUGUGUUAAACAUUGCAAAAUGCAAUUUAUGUCCAGAUGCUUUUAACAAGGUUGAUUUAGGCAUUAUGAGCUUGUUAGAUUGGCUAGAUUUGGGAGGAAAUCCAAUUUGCAAUCUACCAGAUAGCAUCAAGAAUCUUACAAGACUUAAAACUCUUAACAUCGCGUACUGUACGAAGAUCAAGUAUCUUGACGGAUUACCAUCAAAUAUUAGUGACUUAAAUGCUGAUGGAUGCAUAUCCUUAAAGAAAGUAGCAGCUUCUUGUGCAAAAGGACAUCCAGUAGAAGGUUAUUUAAAUUGCAUCAAUCUUGUUGAAGCUGAGGGUGUGUUCAAGUUAGAGCCACUGGAAAAUGCAGAUGCUCAAGUUCUUGCCAACAUGGGAAUUUCGACUUUGGAACCUAUAAAAAGUAGUAUUAAGGUUUCUCUGGUAUUUGGCCGCGCGUACAAUGCUGGAAGAGUUAGAAAUGAAUACCCAAGCUGUGUCCAAGAUGAUAUAGCAAGUUUAUUUUCACUUGAGCCUAAGAAGUUUCCUCCACAGAUAUUGUACCACCGUGGCGUUUUCUCCACUUUUUUACCCGGAGAAAGCGUGCCCAAUUGGUUCAGCUACAAAUUCACUGAUGCAGCAGAUGUAUAUUGCACCCUACCAAAUGUUGAUAGCCAUAGAGUAAUAAGUGGUUUGAGCAUUUGCUUUGUGUAUACAUGUCCUGAAGCAUACACCAACGUUGGAUUGUACGACGGACCAGCCAUUUGGGUAAGAAAUCAGACAAAAGACUUAAACUGGGCUCUUUAUCCUGCUUGGUUUGGCCUUCCAGAGGAUGAAAUUAGUGGGAUGAUGUGGUUUAGUUAUUGGAAAGUUGAGACUUUGUUUCAACAAGGAGAUGUGAUUGAGGUUAUGGUGUCUCCUCAGUUUGCUGCAUUUAAGGAGCUUGGUGUUAAAAUCUUUUACCUCGACGAGCAAACAGAGAAUAUUUCUGAUCAUUCUAAUGUGUGUAAAAGUAGCAGCCCGUUUGAAGAUAUUCUAAGGAACCACUUUAGUGAUGAAGAACGUACUUAUUACAUUUGCACUUGAGAUUUGCAAUAGUCUGUAUUUGAUUGAUCAAAGCACUUGAACAAUCCUUCUAUGACAUAAGAAGCAAAUUUAGAAUCUAAAACUAGGUUAAGAAUGA